UAACCCUAGCAUGGGUUAGGGUUAGGGUUAGGGGUUCCUCAGCUGUACUAGAAGGUUUUUAUGAUUCAAAUCUGCUCAAGGAAUUUUGACAUUUGUGUUGAAGCAAUGGUGCUGUACAUCCAGCAGAGGGAGCGUUGGUAUCUUUAAAUAGUACGACUUUCCACCAUGACGCGCAAGAUGUUCACAAACUUAUUCAUGACGCCGAUUGUCUGAAAAUCCAAGCAAUCGAAUAUAAUCCGUUUGAUGGAUUGGCAUUUAUUUUUGAAUACAUUUUCAUGGUCCAGUGAUAAAGGCGUACUACUGGGUUUGUAACUGUAGCCUUUCUCUGUUGGGUUUUGUGGUUGCGUGCCGUCUGUAAGGCUCAUUGAUCCAUCCAGAUCUUCUGUCGUGGUCAUAGGACGCAAGAACUCUCAAAAGCCCUCAAUGAAUGUUUUUUUUUACAAACCAUUAAUAAAACAUUUUGCACCUUUAGUAAAGUUAAUGCACAUAUAUUACACACAGCUCCCAUCAAUAUUCCUACCCAGCCCAGCCAACAAAGAUCUCCACUGGUCAGUUCAAAGCUAAUUUUCAAGUAAGUAUUUGUAGUAAAAUGGAAUCUUGCCUUUUUUUCCACCAUAGUUUCUCCCCACCAUCUUCUGUCCCCUGCUUUUCUUCCGUAUUUUCCCUUUUAAUCUGUCCUCCAUCUCUCCUCCCCUUUUCCUCCAUCCCCUCCUUUUCCACAUCCUCUCCCCCUUACCCUCUUCUCCUCCUCCUCCUCCUCCUCUCUUCCCGAAGAGCAACUUCUUUUCACAUUGCAGAAUGGAGGAGAGGAGCGAGGAACCACCGGCGUUCUCCGUCAGGGUCUUCGCUCUGCAGGAGGAGGAGGACGGGGCUGAGAAGGAACACACGGGGACGCAUGGGGAGGGGAUGCAGGUCCAGGAGGAGGAGGAGGAGGACAAGGAGCAGCAGGUCAGUGUGUGCAGAAAGACAUCAGAGCAGGAGCUUACUCUGUUUGUCACCACAGGACAGGAGGCUCAGCAGCUCACUAUGCAGGAUGCCAACAAAGCAUCUGUCUUCAAAUUCACAAUGUCCAAGGAAAUGGACUGCUGCCAGGUUGGGGGACAGUCCUUCCUGGUCACCGUCGAUAACCUGAGUCUUAUGCUGCAGUUCAAAACUCCAACUGAUAUGAAGAACUUCCAGCAGUUACUGAAAAGAGAAAAAUCAAGCAAAGGUUGCUCAGAAGGAGAUGAGGGAAGAGACAAGGGAGCAGAGAGAAACCAAACACCUUCUGGGAAACAUCCUAAUAUGUUUGAAACAAUUACUGAAAAUGUCCCGAUGCAGGGCUACCAGUUCCACAGCUGUUUGUCCCAGCAGCAGAGCCUGCUUCAGGACUACCUGAGGAUCAGCACCUACCAGAGAGCCAUCUUAGUCAAUGAGAUGGACUUCAGAGACAAGGUGGUUCUGGAUGUGUGUUGUGGUUCUGCUAUUCUGUCUUUCUUUGCAGUCCAGGCAGGAGCCACUAGAGUGUAUGCUGUUGAGUCCAGCCCCAUGGCCAAGUAUACACAAAUCCUGGUCCACAGUAACUAUCUGUCUGAGCGGAUCAGGGUCCUAGAGGGGGAGGUGGAGGCGGUCGGCUGUCCAGACAUGGUGGACGUUAUUGUCUCUGAGCCGAUGGGAUACAUGCUGCUCAAUGACAGACUCAUGGAGAGCUUCUUGCGUGCCAGGAAAUGGCUCAAACCCAAUGGUCUGAUGUUUCCCUCCUAUGGUGAUAUUCAUCUGGCUCCCUUCAGCGAUGAGCAGCUCUACUUCGAACACUACGCGCGAGCUAGUUUCUGGCAGCAGAGAAGCUUCUAUGGUGUUGACCUGAGUGCUCUGCACAGUCCUGCAGUGGAUGAGUUUUUCAAGCAACCCAUAGUGGACACAUUUGAUGUGCAGAUCCUGAUGGCUCGGUCUGUCAAGCACUGCAUCAACUUCAUGGAGGUUAAAGAAGAAGAUCUGCACAGAAUGGAGAUUCCCUUUGUGUUUACAUUGCUGCAGUCUGGUCUGGUCCAUGGACUUGCCUUCUGGUUUGAUGUGGCCUAUUUAGGAUCCAAAUCAACAGUGUGGCUGUCCACAGCUCCCACUGAGCCUCUGACUCGCUGGUAUCAGGUCAGGUGUUUGCUUCAGACGCCGCUCUUCGCCAAACUUGGACAAACCCUGUCUGGGACUGUCCUGCUGUCCGCUAACAACAGGCAGAGCUACGACAUCCACAUCACAGCCACAGUUGACCAAUCAGGGUUCAGAUCUGGAAACAUCCUGGACCUCAAGAACCCUUUCUUCAGGACUCCAUCUUGGUUCCACAGCUAGGGAUCUCUGGACAGUUGGUGACUAGAGCUCCAUUGUGGGUGACCUCGCUUCUCCUGGAUGAAGGAUGAGGAGAGCAGAGGUAAACCUUGACCUGUGGCAUUGGAAACAUAACCCAUAUGCAUUAAUCAAGCAUCAAAACACUGCUUCCAUACCGUAGUCAGAUAAAACAACGUCUCGAAAGAUCUGAUCUCAUAACCAAAAUAAUGAGCAGUUGGUGUAAAUUAUUUUCUUGCUACAUUUUCAAAAACGAAUUAAGUAUUAAUUAAUUAAGUAUUAACGGGUCUGCUCCGAGGUUUCUGCCUUCUAAAAGGCAGUUUUUCCUCGCCACUGUCACCAAGUGCUUGCUCAAGGGGGAAUGUUGGGCUCUCUGUAUUGCAAUUUAAUUAAAGAGUUUGGUCUAGACCUGCUCUAAUUGGAAAGUGUCAUGAGAUAACUUUUGUCAUGAAUUGGCGCUAUAUAAAUAAACUGAAUUGAAUUGAAUUGAACUGAACUGAAUUAAACAUCAGAGAACACUUUGGCUGACAACAUUAUUUGAAUUUUAUGUUUGUUUUUACAUCUUCUGAUCAAAUUCCAUGUCACAAUCGCAAUCUGUUUUUCUGUCUUACUGUUGAAAGUUCAUAUUUUUGUUCCACCCUUUGUUCCUAACCUUUAGAGACCAUAGCAUUUUCUCCUUUUAGAGCCAACUAACAAGGGCUGUUCACUUUGUUUUGUGAAAAAAACACUGGCUGAACUGAAGAGAGACUGUUAAACAAUGAAUUUAUAAAUGUAAUCAGUUUAUUUACCCCUAUUUCAUGCAACCCUUCAUACACUUUAUUUGCUUUAUUCUAUUUUUCCUGUGGACAAUUGAAUGGUUUGUUGUAUUUCUUCUUAUUAUUAUUAUUAUAAAUUUAACAUUUUUUUUUAAUAUUAUAACAUUCUUUUUUUAUCUGAUCUUUUUUAUCAUGUCUUUUUCAUCGCAAAAUGAACCUCAUAAGAAAUUAUGAAAUGUCUUACCUCCAUAUUCUAGAACUUUGACAGAUUUUUUUUUUUUUUUGUUCUGUUUUGCAUUUUGUCAACAAACAUCGGUGCUGAAUGUAAAAUAUGAGACAUCUCUUUAGCAUAAACUCCACGCCGAUUUUGUAUCUGUGUAUUCUGUUUUUAUGCAAAUACACAUUCAUACACAUAAAUCACAGUGUGAUAGGGAAUAAUGUUUUGCAUUUCACAGUCAAGGGUGUACAAGGAAAGUGAUUACUGUAAUUUCUGUGCCAGCAGUUUGCUGAAAUAAAAUGUUUCCUUGCAGAAAUAAAAUGUUCCUUUUGCAAACUA